AUGAUUACUUUUUUAUUACUUCUUUACAAAGAUAUUGACAAACGUUUUUAUUCUAGUGACGGCAAAAACCUCACAAAAGUUAAUGAUACAUCACUAGACCUCAGGAUAUCAUCCACAUGCGAAAUCAUCCAAGAUCAAUGCUUUUACCUUCUCAAAACUUUAUUUUCCUUUUCAUUUGAAGAAAAUCCUAACUUAACUACAAUUGGAAAAAAUAGUUUUUGUGGAUGUACAAAUCUUACUACUAUAAAUCUAUCAUCAUGCAAGAAACUUACAAAAAUAUCUUCUUAUGCAUUUAAUGGCUGUUCUAAUGUCAAUCAGAUACUUUUACCAGAAGGACUCCUAGAAAUAGGAAGCAGUGCAUUUUAUUCUAUUUCACAAAUGACAAGUAUUAUCAUUCCAGCAUCUGUUGAAAAAAUACAUAAUAAGGUAUUUAAUUGCUGUGAUAAACUCCAAAAUGUUACUUUUGAGGAAGGAUCAAAUUUAACUUCAUUAGAAAAUAAAGUAUUUACUCAAACUGCAAUCACUUUGUUUCAAAUUCCAGAAAAAGUUUCUAAAAUUCAUGGAGAAGCAUUUUAUUAUGGAAAAUUAACAAAUAUUUCGGUUCAUCCUAGUAGUAACUACUUAACAUCUGAUGGAAAUGCUGUUUAUUCAAAAAAUGAAAGUAUUUUAUUUUUUAUUUGUAACAAAACAGGAUAUGAAAUUCCAGAUACAAUCACAACAAUUAAUGAGUAUUGCUUUUCAUAUUCAACCAUUGAAACACUUAUAAUUCCAAAUUCAGUCACAACUAUUGGAGUGUAUUGCUUUCAUGAUUCACACAUAAAAACUAUUGUUCUUCCAAAUUCACUCACAAGUAUUGGAGAUCAAUGCUUUUAUUGUACAUCUAUCGAAACAAUUACAAUUCCAAAUUCAACCACAACUAUUGGAAAGUAUUGCUUUAUACUUUCACAUAUCAAAACAAUUAUAAUUCCAAAUACAGUCACAACUCUUGGAAAGUUUUUCUUAUUACAUUCACGUAUCGGAAUAUUUACAAUUCCAAAUUCAAUCACAACUAUUGGUGUUCAAUCCUUUUAUGGUACAGAUCUCAGAACAAUUAUAAUUCCAUCAAGUGUGAAAAGGAUUGAAAAAAUGGCUUUCUAUGAUUGUCAAACUUUAAUAAAUGUUACUUUUUUAGGUCCAAUAGACUACAUUGGUGAAUAUGUAUUUGGUUGUUGUGAAAAUCUUGAACUAAUUAAAUUCCCUAAUUCAACAAUGACUGUUAGAGGAUCUGGUUUUGUUACAACAGAAAUGCCAGAAGUCAAAUUAUCGUUCACUUGCAAAACUCUAUUUUACGAUCCUCAAUUUCCUGCUUUUUAUUCAAUUAAAAGAAAUACAAAUGUUUCAAUAUCAUAUCUGAAUGAAUCAAAUCUUAUUAUUACACCAGACUGCUUGAUUAUGGAUUCUGAUCAAGCCAUAAUUUAUGAAUAUUGGGGAUAUUUUCCUUAUUAUGAUAAUACUCGUAUUACAAUUCCUAAAUCUGUUAAAAAAAUCAACGAAAAAGUAUUUGAAAAUUCUAUAAUUGAGAAAUUUUAUUUCACAGAAGAUUCUCAAAUAACUUAUAUAGGAAAAGAAGCAUUUAGAAAUUGUUCAAAAAUAAGAUCAUUUAAUUAUUCAUUUCCUUAUUUACAAACAUUAGGAACAUCAUCAUUUAAAGAUUGCAAUAAUUUAGAAAAUUUCACAUUUUCAUCACCAGUUUUGACUGUUAUGAAUAAUGCAUUUGAGAAUUGCAUUAAAUUAAAGAAAGUUCGUAAUAUCACAAAUAUUCCUUAUCAUUGUUUUUGUGGAUGUACUAAUUUAGAAGAAGUUACAAUUCGAGAAGGAUCAGAAGAGAUUGGAUAUAAAUCAUUUGAGAAUUGUUCUUCAUUAUUAAGUAUUAAAAUUCCACAAUCUUUUAAAAUCAUUUCAGAAUAUUCAUUUCUUUAUUGUAAGAAACUAAAAUCAAUUAUAUUCAGUGAAACAAACUCACUUGAUACAUUUUCAAUUAAUUCUAUUUCAGAAUGCGAAUCUCUUACAAAUAUCAGUAAUUUUUCAUCAGAAAAAUACAAAUGCAUUGAUAAUACUUUAUACUACAAAAACAAUAAUAAAUGGGAACUUAUUUUUCAUUUGAGUUCCUCAAAAGACAAAGAACUCAACAUUAGCUGCGAUGUUAUCUGUAGUUAUUCAUUCAAUUCUAGCAACAACAUUGAGAAAAUCAAUAUUACAUCAGACAGUGUUUCUGUUAUUGAAGAACAUUCAUUCAACAACUGUUUAAAUCUGAAAUACAUCAAUUUCCCACUUUCAGUUUCAGAUGUUGAGAUUGA